GUCUCCUCUCAGCCAAUCAGCGCAGCCCGGGCUGUGUUCUCCUCAUCUCGCUUGUUUUGGGCCGAGCAGUGCUGUGUGCUGGGAAUGAACGGUGUGCUGUUCUGUAUGGAAGCUGCAUGUCACCGGAGCUGGGGUCCUGACACAAGCAGGGUGGAACUCCACUUUAAUAGUCAGCCGUGUUAGUCAUAAAUACCUUUUCCAUGCAGUAGACAAAUACAGUAUCUCACAAAAGUACUGGUCAUCAUAAUGGACUCUCUAAGAAAAUGCAUUUGUUUGAGAAGCAUCUGCCUAUGGACAGUCUACAUCGCUGUGGCUGUUUGCGUGCUGCCUGUAGAAGCUGACAUUAUAGCGUAUGCUUCAGACAAUGACACCCGAACGUUUGAGGACCUUGCAGCAAGGUUUGGCUACAGGCUUCCCAGUGAUGGCUUAAAGGGGUUUCUGGUAUCCUCUAAACCAGAGAAUGCUUGCGAGCCCAUUUCUCCUCCACCAGUGCAGAAGGACAACAGCUCGAGUGUCUAUGUGGUGCUUAUCAGGAGACUGGACUGUAACUUUGACAUUAAGGUGUUGAAUGCUCAGAGAGCUGGAUACAAGGCUGCUAUUGUUUACAAUGUGGACUCCGAUGAACUCAUCAGCAUGGGGUCCAAUGAAGUUGACAUUCAGAAGAAAAUUGACAUUCCAUCAGUGUUUAUUGGAGAGUCUUCGGCACGAAUAUUACAGGAAGGAUUUACCUGGGAUAAAGGAGCCCAUCUUUUGUUAGUUCCUGAAGCUGCCAUGCCACUGGAAUACUACUUGAUACCAUUCCUAAUCAUAGUCGGGAUUUGUCUGGUGCUCAUUGUCAUUUUUAUGAUCACCAAGUUUGUGCAAGAUCGUCAUAGAGCACGAAGGAACCGACUGGGCAAGGAUCAGCUGAAAAAACUUCCCAUACAUAAAUUUAAGAAAGGUGAUGUAUAUGAUGUAUGUGCUGUCUGCCUGGAUGAAUAUGAAGAAGGAGAUAAGCUACGAGUAUUGCCCUGCUCUCACGCCUAUCACUGCAAGUGUGUUGACCCAUGGCUAACAAAGACAAAGAAGACCUGUCCUGUGUGCAAACAGAAGGUUGUCCCAUCCCAAGGGGACUCUGACUCAGAUUCAGACAGCAGCCAGGAAGAUAACGAUGUCUCCGAAAAUACUCCAUUGCUUCGUCCCACACCUUCUGCCAGUACUCAGUCAUUCGGGGCCAUAUCCCAGUCUCACUCACAGCAGAGCAUAGCGGAGUCUUCCUCUGAGGAGGAUGAUGACGACGCAGAUGACAGUGACAGUAGCGAUGAAGAACAUAAUACACAAAGUGUUGUGGUCCAGUUGCAGCACAACAUGGAUCGGGAGUCCAGAGAGAGAAACACUGUAUGAGCCAUGACUGGAGAAUUGCUAAGUGCUUGUCAAUCAUUUAGGAUGCUAGAUUUCAUUUUUUCCAAAAUAAAGUCUGUGGCAACAGACCGACCGCAGCUCCCUAGCUAGCUUCAUCAGACCGCAAGGCUGAUAUACUGUGUAAUGUACAGAGUAUUUAAAAUGUAAAGCUGCUAUGUGAAAGUUGCUUUAGUUCUUCUCUUGGACACUAAGUCACAAACAUGGACUCUACCCUGCAAUACUUGCAUGGUUUUCUCUCUGCACCUUAACAUCUCUGGAGCUUGGGGCACCAAAUUUUAUUAGACAUUUUACUGGUGCAGCAUUUACUUGUACACGCCUUGCUAUGCACAUUGGACUUGUUCUUUUAAAGCUGGCUUUAAUCUAAUUAUGCAGAAAUCAGUAAGCUACAGAAGGCAGACAUAUGGCCUGUGUAACCCAGUGACAUUUGGCCUGGUAACUUUCAGGUUUACAGUAACAUAGGUCAAAUGAAACAAAUACAAAUGUCUGCAAGAAAAACAUUCUUUAAAAUGCAGAUGUUUUCAGGAUCUGGAAGAAAAGUGUUUUGUUGAAGCUAAUCAUCUCUUGAAAAGUAUAUUUUUUUGUUUUUUGACUUUGUAUAGAUUAUCUGGAACAUAUGCACAAUAAGCUGAAGCUUAUUAAAUUCAUGAACAGUAUGUAUUCACUGUAUGAUGAUAUGAACGCUGUUGUAUCAAUAUAGAAAGUCCUUAUAAAGUGUGUAAAGGUUUUUUAUAUCACACGACUUGAAGUCUAAAAAUAAAAUUUGAUUUCUCACCUGAUAAGGUAUGUAGAAUA